GCUGAAAUGUCACAGCUGAUCAACCUCAAGCUUUCUAGAUGAUGCGCAAAAUCGUCGUUCAAAGUCCUUUUCUUUGUUUGCACUGACAUUUUAAAAGAGAUUUCGUCCUGGAUAAAUUCCACUGUCUUGCAUAUUGAGAGGUGAAUUCAUCAACUGGAAAGUCAAGCUCGCCAUUGCGGCUCACUGCAUGAGUGAGUGUCUUGACUGCGACUGAAGAAGAAUAUCUGAUCAGUGUCAGUACGGGUAUCGACAACAUCCUCCUCCACCAUGCAGCUCGCGCAUCAGAUUUGAACAGCAGACCGCAAUUGCUCCGUGUGCAAAAUAAAGUCUUGGAACAAAACAAGAAACAGAAGAGGAGAACCAUUUGAUGGAAGAAAAGAAAAGGCAAAACGAAAAGAUAAAGGAAGCUGCUCAGAAAAAGGCUGCUGAACAGAAAACCAAAGUGCCAGACUUUGCCAAGCCCAGCCCCAUCCCUCCUCCCCCCACCAACCCCAGCACCGCCAACAACCCUGUGCAACCAGGCAGCAGCACUGGUGGCAAUGGCAAGCGCGCACCUUCCAGCAACCAACAACAACAGCAGCAGCCAGCAGCCCCACGCUACCCGCCCAGAGAGGUGCCCCCUCGCUUCCGUCAGCACGAACACAAGCAGCUACUAAAGCGGGGCCAGCCUCUGCCUGCAGGGAGCCUGGUGCUUGCACAGCCAGCCUCCACCAGCCCCACGCUUCAGCCCUUCUCCUGCCAGACCCACCUAGAGCUGCCCCCACAGAGUGGCCUGGCAGCCAAGUAUGAGAGUUUACCCCCCAUUCGCAGUACCAUUACAGCCUCUACCAACAGCUGCGGUAGCUGGGAUCCACUGAUUAUUGACGAGAGUGAUACUGAGGCGUGGCCUUCCAUUUCAUGCAAAGAAAGCCACGCUUCUGCAGGAUGCCCCUUGGACACUGAAAGUAUCAGUGGCGUUAGCAGCACAAGAAGCAUGAGCAUGGCCACAGGAGCUGGCCACCAAGGACAUUUCUCUGCCAAUCACCCCAGCAAAGCCAAUGCCAGCCACUCAGGAGGUCUGCUCUCUAGUCAGGGUGGGUCCAGCAGAGGCUGGGGCACUGGCCCAUCUCCUGCCAUUGGAGGGGAAGUGAAGAAUGAAGUGUCCAGCACAUCAAUGGGAGCCAGGGGUUGGGGCUCCUCCAACUUUAACUUGAACUUAAACCCCAAUGCCAACCCUUCUGCCUGGCCAGUUCUGGGACACAAAGGGACCGGCAUGGGUGGCUGCAGCUCUGGAGGAAACAACCCCCCUCCUUCUAAUCUCUGUAGCCCACCGGGUGCUCUGUCCAGCCAGGGCUCUAGCAGCAGUGGCAGUAUAGGUGGUGCCAAUGGAAAUUCUGCAGGUAGUGGUGGUAGUGGCAAUGGCAACACCACAUGGUGUAGCUUUGUGCCCAGUGACUCCUCACAGCCACACUCCACCCCAUCCACGAAUGUGUCUUUCAGCUCUGAACCUCCGAACCUUAACACUGAUGGACCAAAUCACACUAAUCAGGAGCCCAGAAGCCCUAGCAACAGCCUGCCUAACUGGGGGGUUGGCCCUACAGGCAUGGGCUCAUUUGUUCAAUCUCCAGGAGGAACCUCACAGGUCAAUGGAGAGGAGGAACCUGUUUGGGGAAAUGGAGAUGCCAAGUCUGUUAGUGGCUCAAAAAACUCUGGUUGGGACUCCGCGAGCAGCUGGGGACAGGGAGGGGCCUCAGGCACAGCUGGCUGGGGACAAGCUGCUUCAACUGGAGACUGGGGUAAGCAUUCCAACAGUGAAGCCAAAGGAUGGGAUUCUUCAGCCUCUCCCACCCAAGAGCAGCAGCUCAAUUCCUGGGUCCGUGUGGCCAAUGCUCCAGCCAGUGAGGGAAGCAGUGACAGCAUGGAAUGCCAUUCUCACAGGGAUCAUUCACCAAGGGAUGAGGCCCCUCCAGUUUUACCUGUCCAGGAAAUGGAUCCCAGGGUUCUGUGCAACACUGGUUGGGGACAGACACCUGUGCGCCAGCACACCACUUGGGAGACAGAAGAAGCUGCACGCUCCAACCGCAAGAAUGACAUUGGAACUGAAGCCUGGGGCUCGUCCUCAAAAACAGUCAGUGCAGGACCAGUGCCAUCGUCUGGUAGUGCCAACCCAAACUCUAGCACUGCAUCAAGACCUGACUCUGGGGGCAAGAAUGACAGCCCCUGCCCCAGUACUGGACCUGCAUCAGGCUGGGGUACAGCCAUGCAAUCACCACAGGCUGGCUCUGGUUGGGCAGAUCCAACCAGCAACAAGAAAGGUUCCAGUGGUCCUGGAAGUUGGGGCAGUAACCCACCUGUAGGUCCAAGUGGUAACCUACAGAAGAUUGGUCAGACUUGGGGUUCUGAGGAGAAAUCUCCUACCUGGGAAGACAGUCAUUCUAAGGCCAAACCACAGGGGUGGGUUGAGGGGCCCAAACCAACUCAUGGAUGGGGCAACGGACCUGGUGGAGAAUGUGGGUCUGGAGGAGAAUGGGGUGAAACUGGAGAUGGCAAGAAAAAUGGCCCAUCCAGCUCUUCUUGGGAGGCAGAAGGAACAGGCUGGCAUGAGGGCUCCAGAGGAUGGGGUAAGCCUGCCCCGGCAGUAGGUGGAAACUGGGGAGAUGCACAACGCCCCAGUGUGCCAUUACAAGGAUGGAAUAACAAGCCUCAACAGGGCACCAAUGGCAAUAAUGGCAGUGCAAGCAUGGGUUCUUGGGGAGGCCUUAGCACUGUGAAGCAAAGUGGCUCUGGAUUGACUGGAGGAAAUGGUGGAGGUGUUAAACCUGAGCACACUGGAGAGCCUACUGGAUGGGAGGAACCCUCUCCACCCUCCAUCCGUCGAAAAAUGGAGAUCGAUGACGGUACCUCAGCAUGGGGUGACCCAAACACUUACAACAAGACAGUCAAUCUCUGGGACAGGAAUAACCCUGGGAUGCAAGGCAAACCAGUCCCUGGCAAUGCCAACAAUGUACCCAACAACCAUCAUCAUAACCCCCACCAUAAUCAGCCUCCCAUACAGAAUCACAACCGUGCAGGGCCAAACUCAAACAAUAACCACAUUUCCCCAGAUAAUGCUGGCCCACAUCUAACAGGGCCAACACACACUAGAACAGCCCCCAUGAAUCCAGGAUGGGGCGAGAUGACUAAUGUCCAUUCAAAACCUGAGCCCUCAUGGGGGGAGCCAGCCGCCCCUGCAGCAAGUGUGGACAAUGGCACUUCAGCAUGGGGAAAACCACAAGGUGGAUGUGGAGGCUGGGGGGAUAAUGGUCCUGAGGUCUAUGGUCGAGGCAACGGACCUCCUGGACCUGCCCCCUGCAAACCUGCCCCAAAAUCUAUGCAAGAUGGUUGGGGAGGUGGUGAGGACAUGGGCCUAUCUGCAGGACAGUGGGAGCAGGAUGAGGGGGACAUGUGGAACAGCACUGCAUCUCAGGAGAGCAACUCCUCAUGCAGCUCCUGGGGCAACCCACCCAAGAAGUGCCCACCAAAGGGAAAAGUCCCAAACAAACAGGACGAUGCCUGGAUUAUGAAUCGUCUGAUCAAGCAGCUGACUGACAUGGGCUUCCCUAGAGACCCUGCGGAGGAGGCUCUCAAAAGCAACAAUAUGAACUUGGAUCAGGCCAUGAGUGCCCUGUUGGAGAAGAAGUCAGAACUUGAUAAACGGGGAAUGGGAAUAUCUGACUACAACAACGGCCUAGUCAAUAAACCAAUGGGCUGCAGGCCUUCAGUGAUCUCCAAAGAAUCCUCCUCAGAUCGUCCCCCCUUCAUGGAUAAGGAUACUGGGCUAGCAGAUGAUGCCCAAACCUCACCGUUUAUGCCUUCUCCGAGCCUGAAGCUCCCAAUGGGUAAUGCUGCACUCCCUGGCCAGAGCCUUGGAGUUGCCAUGCAAAACUUGAACAACAGACAGAUGCAGAGUGGAGUGUUUGGUAGUAGCGGAGCAGCACAAGCCCGGGCCCUGCAGCAGCAGCCUCCUCCCCAGCCGUCAGUGCCGCCUCUCAACUCGUCCCAGCCUAGUCUACGCGCUCAAGUGCCUCAGUUUCUCAGCCCUCAGGUUCAAGCACAGCUUUUACAGUUUGCAGCAAAAAACAUUGGUCUCAAUCCUGCACUUUUAACCUCACCAAUAAACCCUCAACAUAUGACCCUGUUGAACCAACUUUAUCAGCUGCAACUGGCGUACCAGCGUUUACAAAUUCAGCAGCAGAUGUUGCAGGCACAGCGCAGUGUUUCUGGACCCAUCCGACAGCAAGAGCAGCAAGUUGCACGUACAAUCAAUAACAUGCAGCAACAGAUUCAGCAGCAUCAGCGGCAGCUGGCUCAGGCUCUGCUGAUGAAACAACAGCAGCAGCAACCACUCCACUCUCACCCGGGCCUGCAUUCCAACACAGGCAAAUCAGCUCUGGACACGUUUUCAGCCCACCCCCAGGCCUCCAGCCUCUCCGUUUCUGACCUUCAGACCAAAGAGCCACAAUCUUCUCCAAACUCCUUCUCCCCCUACCCUAUGUCUGGAUUGAACCCUAACAUGAAUGUAAGUUGCAUGGAGAUGGGUGGCCUGUCCAUGAAGGACUCUCCUCAACCCCAGUCACGCCUGUCUCAGUGGACACACCCUAACUCCAUGGAUAAUCUCUCUGGUAACUCCUCUCCAAUGGAGCCCAACUUCAGCAAGCACGGUUCCAUCUCUGGUGGUCCCAAUCUGGGUCCUCCAAGCAAGCCCCCGCUGGAUGACUCCUACAAUCCCUACAAUCUGAUUUCCAGCUCUGAGUCUCCUGCCAGCCCUUUGGCACAUCAUGAUAGCUGGGGCCAGAGCAAGAACACCAAUGACAAGAUCUCCAAUGGAACCAAUGUCAACUGGCCUCCAGAGUUCUGCCCAGGAGUACCCUGGAAAGGGCUGCAGAAUAUUGACCCUGAAACUGACCCCAAUAUGACACCAGGGAGUGUUCCCAGUGGGCCCACAAUCAAUACCAACAUUCAGGAUGUUAACCGCUAUCUGCUGAGAGACAGAAGUGGAGGCAAGCUGUCUGACAUGAAGUCCACCUGGUCCCCGGGGCCUAUCUCACACAGCCAGGCUUCUCUGUCCCAUGAGCUUUGGAAAGUCCCUCAAGGACCCCGCAACACAAUGGCUCCCACCCGGCCACCCCCAGGCCUGACCAACCCCAAGCCCUCCUCCACGUGGGGCGGAAACACUCUUGGCUUGGUGGCUGGCUGGAGCAGCUCCUACUCAUCAGUAGGUACCACAUGGAGUACAGAUAGCUCCAGCAGAAGCACUAGCUGGUUGGUUCUGAGAAACCUCACCCCGCAGAUUGAUGGUUCUACACUGCGGACACUGUGCAUGCAGCAUGGCCCGCUCAUCACAUUCCAUCUCAACCUGACGCAGGGCAAUGCUGUGGUGCGCUACAGUUCGAAGGAGGAAGCUGCCAAAGCACAGAAGUCCCUACACAUGUGUGUUUUGGGAAACACCACUAUCUUAGCAGAGUUUGCUGGAGAAGAGGAGGUGAACCGCUUCUUUGCACAGGGUCAGUCUCUUACGCCCACCACCAGCUGGCAGGCCAACCCUGGCACAAAUCAAACGCGGCUGGGGGGUGGAGGGACGGCGGCCACGCACCCUAUCGGCCACUGGAACAGCAGUAGCUUGGGAGGAUCAGCCGGGACAGGGUCCGGGGUUAAGUCGAGCAACGAGCUGCUGUGGGGGGGUGUACCGCAGUACUCCAGCCUAUGGGGGCCACCCGGUGCUGAGGACAGCAGAGUGGUUGGCAGCCCCACCUCAAUCAAUACAUUUCUUCCUGGAGACCUGCUUAGCGGAGAGCCCAUGUGACAGUGCCAAGCACUUGAAAGACAAGCAAAC